AUGACGGUGUUUUCCAAAAAGAGGUCCCGUAGCCCGGAUUUGGGGGGAAUUUCAAAAUACAAGAGACAACGGCUCAUCGAGGAUCUUCAGAGUUUGAGCAUUUCUGAUAAUGCCAGUGGUUCAAGAAAAGCUACAACGAAGGUGGUCCUAGAGGACGCUUGGAAGAACGAUCAGCAAGUUUGGAAAAUUGCGAGCGGAAACGAUAGCGUGAAUAAAGAUAUAUAUGGACCCAUUUGGGACAGUAUUCGAAGCAGCAAUUUGCAAGUCAUCAAGUGGUAUGACAGUGCACAGUUGUUAUACACGAGCUGGCUGGUAUGGGUACAGUCUCGCAAUAGAGCUUCAGGAGGGGGCAUAGAAAUGGAAAUUGACACGGGGAAUGGUGCACACUCAGCAUCGGUCUAUCACGAAUAUAGUGGUUACGGAUACGAGCCUAUGUUAUUAGAUGAUUGA